UCUUCGUAACCAACAUGGCAGCGUGCAUGUGAAUGUCGUGCAGUUGUUACGAAUUACUCAGGUGCGCUUAUUUCUAACGCGAAUAUUACGUUGUUAAAGCCUAUAUGUGACUUAUAUCUUGUCGAUUUGUACCGUCACCCAACCCAGACAAUCUAAAAGUGGGAUCAUUUGUUCAGUACCGCAGCUGAUCACCGCUCAUGCUAACAUAUUAGCUUAGAAGUAGACAAAUUUCCAUGAUGGAUCCUGACCAACAGCUGAGAAACCUGCGGGAUUUUCUUCUGGUUUACAACCGAAUGACUGAAAUCUGCUUCCAGCGAUGCAGCAGCAACUUCAACUACAGAAACCUCACAAUGGACGAGGAGCGCUGUGUGGACAACUGUGCAGGGAAGCUCAUUCGCUCUAACCAUCGUUUAAUGGGCACCUAUGUGCAGCUGAUGCCUCGGAUGGUCCAGCGGCGGAUGGAGGAGCUGGAGAGCAAAGCUGCAGAGAAUGCCAAGGAAGAGGCAGCAUCUGGAGCUGCUGGGACUGAAAUUUCAGCAACACAUCAUGCUCCCAACACCUCAUCUCCACUUCCAGCUGAGCUGGAUGCGUCUGUGUCCUCAGAACUCAAAUUAUCAGCUGCCACACCGCUCACUCCCACAAAUGAAACGCUAAAUGCUCCAGUGCUUGAUAAAGCUGGCAUUGGACCUUCAUAUACAGGAGGAUUUUCUCAGCCUUCAGUAGCUGGUGGCCAGAUUGAUUCUGCCAGCUCCCCGGCACUGUUUACGUCAUCUAAAUCUACAUACUUAUCAGAAGGUGCAUCUAAAUCAGAGAGCCUAUCAAGACAAAAAGAGUCUAAUAAAUAGGGUAUAGUUGAUAUCUUGUUAUGAAACCAAAUGUCAGCAUUUUUUUUUGCUUUUCCUUAGUCAGCAAUAGAUGAAUCUAAAGUCAAUUAAUGACCAUGAAAGGCAUUACACGUUACAGGUUUGGCACAGUUAUUGAUCAAGAGCGUUAUAUGAAUCAUUUCGGUCAAAAGGCAUGAGGAGGAGGAAUGUCAUUCAUGAUAGGAAUUUCAAUUGUGCAGUAAUUUUAUGGUGACUUCUCACACAGUAGUGAAAAAAUUGUAAAAGGCUAACAUUAAAAGGCUACCCAUAAAA